AUGGCUCUGAUCACUGGUGUGGAGAUAGCCCCAGGUGGCAAUGUGGACAGUGCCGAAAGAAGGAACCAGACCUUGGCCUGCAAGAUUUUGAUUGAGCUCCUUUCGAUCGAAACACAGAAGGAAUUUCUCCAUGAGAGAAACGGAAUCGAGCGAUAUGUCGAGAUCGGCCCAGCAAAGAUCCUAGCGACCAUGAUUCAGAAGAGCGCUUCGAAAUGUUAUGCGCCUCACACAAAAUCUCGCUGGUCCCAUUUUAAAUUCUUAUCUUCCACGGAAAACAAGAAUGAAGUCUAUUACGAAUAUCCAGAAGCAACGGAAAAUGCUGUUUCAUCCCAUCCCGCUGCCGACGAGGGUAGCAAGGGGGAUGCUGUCAGCGUCGCCCUCAAAGUCGAGGUCCAAAGCUCUGCUCAGAAAGUGCUAGACGCACAGUUUAGUGAAGUGGUUCCCGUAGCUACGCCCGCAGCCGCCGUGGCCGAUGCCUCACUCAGUGCGGCUCACGUUGUUCUAGCAAUAACAGCGCAGAAACUAAAGCGGCCCUUUGACCAUGUGCCAACCCAGAAAACUAUUCGAGAAUUGUCAGGAGGCAAAUCAACCCUUCAGAAUGAACUCAUUGGUGAUUUGGGUGCAGAAUUUGGCAGUGUUCCAGAUGGUGCAGAAGACUUGAGUUUAGAGGCUCUCGGCGAGGCUCUGCAGCCUGUAUUCUCGGGGAAGCCUGGAAAACAGCUUUCUGCCAUGGUCUCAAAGUUCAUCUCUGGGAAAAUGCCUGCCGGCUUUACGCAAGUAGCAGUGCUGAGUCAUCUUCAAGAUACCUGGGGACUCAGCAACACUCAUUCACUCAUCCCAAUUGUCUUGGCUGUCACAAUAGAACCGCCCUCUCGUCUCCCAGAUAUUGCCUCUGCAAAGGAAUUUUUCGGCGCUCAAACGCUCCGAUGGGCGUCCUAUUCAGGUUUAACCAUCUCUCCAUUGAGCGCACAGACUUCAGCUGUUGCUGUCCAUGCUCCUGUAACGGUCGAUUCAGCAGGCCUUGAACUCGUCCGAAAGGAACAAAAAGAAUAUCAUUUGAAGCAGUACAAACUUUUGGCGAAGUUCCUUCAAAUUAAUCCUGAUCUGGAUCAAGAAAGAAUUCAAGAGCUGAUGGCUUCCGAGACUAUACUAAAAGAAAAGUUGGAACAGUGGACCAAAGAGUUUGACGACCAUUUCUUCGAUGGAAUUCAGCCUUUGUUCGAUAUCCGCAAAAUCCGCACGUACGACUCAUGGUGGAACUGGGCAAGGGAAGAUUUGCUCAGAUUACUGAACGAUUAUGCACAGGAGCAGCCCAAUAUGGACAAUCUCGGCAACCUUGAAAGCGUGCAGGUGCUCCUGAGUAGGUUCGAACCAAGUUGCCUGGAUAUCAUCCAAAAUUCGUCUGACUACCUCAAUCUACGUGGAUCUCUUGGGGUUGCCAAGGAAAUCGCUAGACUCGGUCUUCAAGCUAUGGACAUGGAUCCAGUCUUCAGAUACACUCAAUCUACCAUGGCACCCAAAACCAUCGUGAGUGGCGCAGGUGACAUCGAAUAUUGCGAAGUACCCCGAAGAACUACAAAUUACAGUGCGUUAGUGGAACACGGGCGUAUGACGCCAAAGGGCGACCACAUCCCUUUUGUCCAUCUCCGCAAGCGCAAUAAUGAACAGGUUUGGGGAUAUGAUCCAGAGUCUACCAGAAUUUUCCUAUCAGGUCUACGUACUGGUACAACUUCAGGCAUCACAUUUGCUGGCAAGACAGUUUUGGUCAUUGGUGCGGGUCCAAACUCAAUCGGUGCUGAAGUUGUCCGAGGCCUCUUGUGUGGAGGUGCUCAGGUCAUCGUGACAACAAGUCGCGCUGUUUCAAAGGCAGCCAAGUACUACCAGGACUUGUAUCGCAGACAUGGUGCCCGGGGGUCCGCCCUGUCGAUUUUUCCCUUCAACCAAGCUAGCAAAAGAGACUGUGAAGCAGUGAUUGAUCACGUUUACAGCCCUGGUUCAAUGAGCGGCGAUAAUCUCGACUAUAUCAUCCCCUUUGCAGCAAUCCCGGAAAGUGGCGCGAUUGAUGCUCUGGACAGUAAAUCAGAGCUAGCACACCGUGCGAUGCUGACCAAUGUGCUUCGAGUCCUUGGCUACCUUUGCAAACAGAAGGAAGCACGGGGUCUCGACACCCAGCCAACCACUGCCAUCUUGCCUCUCUCUCCAAAUCAUGGUACAUUCGGAGGAGACGGCAUGUAUGCUGAAUCCAAACUCGGCUUGGAAACCUUAUUCAAUCGCUUCUAUUCUGAGAGUUGGUCUGCCUACCUCAACAUCUGCGGGACGGUAAUUGGUUGGACCAGGGGUACAGGUCUUAUGUCCGCGAACAACAUUGUUGCUGAGGCCAUUGAAAGCCAUGAAGUGAUCACCUUCUCACAGGCUGAGAUGGCCUUCAAUAUACUCGCAUUAAUGACUCCGGCUAUUGCAACCUUGUGUGAAGACCAUCCUGUGUACGCUGAUCUCAAUGGCGGCUUACAAUUUGUGCAAAACCUCAAACAAGAAAUCGUUACCGCCAGACAAGGCGUUUCAGAUGCCAGUCAACUUCAAAAGGCAUUGCUUGCUGAGCGUCUUCGACACCUGACAGUUCUUAGAGGCUCUUCAGAGCCGCAAACAGAGCCUAAACCGAUGAAUCUUGCUACUAAGCUUGCAAACAUGAAUAUCGGUUUCCCUACGCUUUCCGAUUAUGGAGACCUUACCAGAGACAUAAAAAAUCUCUCUGGUAUGCUUGACCUCUCGAGGGUGGUCGUUGUAGUCGGCUACUCGGAACUUGGCCCCUGGGGUAGCGCUAGGACUCGAUGGGAGAUGGAACAUCAAAAUGAACUCUCACUGGAAGGCUACGUCGAACUUGCCUGGGUCAUGGGUCUGGUGAAGCGCAAAGAUGGCGAGCUGAAGGGCCAACCGUACACUGGUUGGGUUGACAGCAAAACCCAGGAGCCAGUGGAGGAUGCUGACUUCAAGAAACGGUACCACGAUGAAAUUAUGAAUCAUUCUGGACUUCGAUUCAUUGAGUCCGAGUCUCUUGGAGGUUAUGAACCCACUAGGAAGGAGCUUCUCCAUGAAGUCGUUGUCGAGGACGACCUUCCGCCAUUCGAAUGUUCUAGAGCGACGGCUGAGGCCUUCAAGCUAAGAUUUCAAGAUAAAGUGAGGAUCGAACCAAUUCCUGAGAGUGACGACUACAAAGUGCAAAUAAAGAAAAGUGCACAUUUUCUUGUCCCAAAAGCGUCUUCAUUCGACCGUGAGAUUGCUGGACAACUCCCGAAAGGUUGGAGUGCAAAAUCGUAUGGCAUUCCAGAAGACAUUAUCCAACAGACGGAUCCAACCACGCUGUACGCUCUUUGCUGUGUUUCUGAAGCAUUAUUGUCCGCUGGUAUCCAGGAUCCUUAUGAAUUCUAUAAGCAUAUUCACGUCUCUGAGUUGGCUAAUUGCAUUGGUACUGGUGCAGGUCCUUUGUUGGCAAUGAGAGGAGUCUAUCGAGACAGAUACCUCGAUCGACCUGUCCAAAGCGAUAUUCUCCAGGAGUCAUUUCUAAACACAAUUGGUGCGUGGAUUAACAUGCUCAUAUUGUCUUCUACUGGCCCUAUCAAAUCGCCUGUUGGAGCAUGUGCAACCGCGAUCGAAUCUCUCGAUAUUGGAUGUGAGGCAAUUCAAGGGGGUAAGUGCAAGGUAGCACUAGUGGGCGGGUGUGACGACUUCCAAGAGGAGAUGUCCUUCGAAUUUGCUAAAAUGAAAGCCACCGCUAACAGCGACGAAGAGUUUGACCGUGGCAGGACACCAAGGGAAAUGUCUCGACCAAGUGCUGCUUCGAGGGGUGGCUUUGUCGAGUCAGCAGGAUGUGGGGUACAGAUACUGAUGAGCGCAGAAUUGGCUCUCCAAAUUGGUCUUCCAAUUUAUGGAGUUGUCGCGUACACGCAAAUGGCUGGUGACAAAAUUGGACGCUCCGUACCUGCACCUGGAAAGGGCAUCUUGACAGCAGCAAAAGAGGUACUCAGCCACGGAGACUCGCACUUACUUGACGUUGAGUUUCGCAGGCAGCAACUUGAGCAGAGCUUUGAGCUCAUCAAGGUUUGGAGAGAUUCUCAAGUCGAGAAAGCCAAAAAUCAUCCCGAUUGGUCUCAAAGUAUGGUCCAAGAAAUCGAAACUGCGGCCGCCACCAAGGCCAGAUCAGCUAAACGAACGUGGGGCAACGAUAUCCGUCUUCAGGAUCCAAAAAUAGCGCCUAUCAAAGCAGCGUUGGCCACCUGGGGUUUGGUGAUCGAUGAUAUAGCUGUCGCAUCCAUGCAUGGCACAUCCACCAAAGCAAAUGAUACAAACGAGGCUGAUGUUAUCAGUACUCAGUUGGCUCAUCUUGGACGCACAAGAGGCAACCCUAUUCUAGCUGUGUGUCAAAAGUCUCUGACCGGACAUCCCAAAGGCGCAGCUGGUGCGUGGCAAUUGAAUGGUUGUAUGCAGAUGCUACAAACAGGAAUAGUUCCAGGAAACAGAAAUCUUGAUAAUGUCGAACGCAACUUACGACAGUACGAACACAUCGUAUAUCCCAUGGAAUCCUUCCGGCCAAGGAACCUUAGAGCCACCAUGCUCACAUCAUUUGGAUUUGGACAGAAGAGUGGGCUUGCGAUUUGUGUCGCGCCAAAAUACCUGUUUUCGGCCAUCGGCAAAGAAGCAUUUGACGACUACCGGCCCCGAGUCACCAUGCGACAACGCUCUGGCAAUGUCGCGUUUCAAAAAGCCUUGAUGACUAAUUCCCUAUUCAAGGCCAAGGAGAGUUCGCCAUGGGAUGGCCCAGAAGGAAGACUAAAGGAAGUACUUCUCAAUCCCAAAGCCCGUGUCUCAAGCGACGAAGCCUCAGAGACCUUAGCUUUUAGGGAAGCGGACACAAGUUCGCACGGAUCUUCCUCUGCGGCGACUCCUCGUGACGAAGUAGAGCAGGAGAUGUUACUCUUCAGCUCAGUCCAAACCAUGUUGCGGGCAUCAUCCAUAUCUGACCAGACAUCGGUCGGCAUCGAUGUUGAGAAUAUCUCCGACAUACCCGUUGACAAUGAAAAUUUCAUCAAUCGCAAUUUCACCACCCUAGAGCGCGAUAUAUGCAGCUCAAAGCCCGAUGUUCGAGCUUCGUUCGCCGGCGGUUGGUGUGCAAAGGAAGCCAUCUUCAAGAGUCUCAAAAUACCCUCGCUCGGGGCUGGAGCUGCCAUGGAUGGAAUUGAGAUUGUUCGUGAUACACACGGGGUUCCCAAGGUUGAGGUAAGUCAAGACUAA